AUUACUAAUUCAGAAUUCUUGCACUUAUUAAUUUGUAAUCUGCAAGAACCCUAAAAACCCCUUAAAAGAAUUCACAAAACUCUCGUAACACAGAUUUACUUUUCCCUCACCCAAAUUUGGCGUUAUUCAUUGCCAUGAACGCAGCAGCGACUUCUCAUGCUCUGCCCAGCGUGAAACUCUCAGAGUUGACAACCUCCAAAUUCAACCACAAUUCUUCGGUUGUGUGUUUCCAUAGAAAACAUCAAGUUUCUUUCUGCAGCCAUACAUGCAAAGCAUCUGGGAACUCCAAUUCAACUGUUAGCAACCUCCAGAAAUUAAAAUUAGAUGACCCCAUUAAGAACAUAGGCUUAGCUGGAAAGAGCUUUUGUUCUGUAGGGGUAUGCACACAUCCUUUGAGUGAAACUGAAUCUGAUUCACAUGUGGAGGAGGAAAAAGUUGGAGUAUUGCUUUUGAAUCUUGGAGGCCCAGAGACACUUGUUGAUGUUCAACCCUUUCUCUAUAACCUGUUUGCAGAUCCGGAUAUUAUCCGUCUACCAAGGUUGUUUCGUUUCCUACAACGACCUUUAGCACAAAUCAUUUCUGUAUUAAGAGCAAGAAAAAGUAAAGAAGCAUAUGCCUCAAUUGGAGGUGGUUCACCUUUGAGAAAGAUAACAGAUGAGCAGGCUGCUGCUCUAAAAUCAGAACUUGAAGCAAAGAAAUUACCUGCUAAUGUCUACAUUGCAAUGCGUUACUGGCAUCCUUUCACUGAAGAAGCUGCCCAACAGAUUAAGAGUGAUGGGAUCACGAGGCUUGUGGUGCUGCCUCUUUACCCUCAGUUUUCUAUUUCAACAACCGGAUCAAGUAUACGUGCACUUCAAAACAUCUUUAGGGAAGAUAAAGUUUUGUCUAAGCUUCCUGUUGCCAUUAUCCAGUCUUGGUAUCAACGAUAUGGUUAUAUAAAGUCUAUGGCUGACUUGAUUGAAGAGGAAUUGCAAAGUUUUAAUAAACCUCAAGAGGUAAUGAUAUUCUUCAGUGCUCAUGGGGUGCCACAGACGUACGUUGUUGAUGCUGGUGAUCCAUAUAAAUUUCAGAUGGAGGAAUGCAUCGACUUGAUAAUGCAGGAACUUAAAGCAAGAGGAAUUGAAAAUAAUCAUAGAUUGGCUUAUCAGAGUCGAGUUGGGCCUGUGCAGUGGUUGAAACCAUACACUGAUGAAGUUCUCGUUCAGCUUGGCCAACAAGGUGUCAAGAGUCUUCUUGCAGUUCCUGUUAGCUUUGUGAGCGAACACAUAGAGACACUGGAAGAAAUAGAUAUGGAGUACAAGGAGUUGGCCCUGAAUUCAGGUGUUGAAAACUGGGGUCGGGUCCCGGCUCUUGGGUGCACCACUUCCUUCAUUGCUGACCUGGCGGAUGCAGUGAUUGAGGCGUUACCUUCUGCUACAGCCAUGUCAGCAUCCUCAUCAUCAUUAAUCAGUAGCAGCAGCUCUCAAGAAUUUAAGCGUGAUCCUGUUGGAUACGCGAUGAAGAUAUUUGUUGGUUCCUUUUUGGCGUUUAUUCUGCUUUUAUCUCCCAGAAUGCUGUCCGCAUUCAGGAAGCCUGUUGUUUAGAAGAGUUUGGAUGAGGAGUAAUAAUCAGCUACGCAAAUAAUUAUCUUUGAAACUUUGCUUUUGUUGCAUUUUACGGAUCGGUUUUGGAACAUGUGAGAUAUUUUUGCAAACAGGACAUGUAGAUAUGAAAUGGGAAAAAAGGGUUAUGUUGUUCCCAUGUGCGUAUCGGUAUCACCCACAAUAAAUUGAUAAAGCUUGUAAUUAAUUAUAUAUAUUUGAAC